AUUUGAACUUCAAACGCGAGAAAAGUAGCACAGUGCGGAUAGAUACGCGGAUGCGUGGUCAUUAGGCGGCGGAUCGCGGAAAAUAACAAUGCUUCGAUAAUGUUGUUAGCAUAGACCAAAUGGCAGUGUUAAAACAAUUCGAUCGCAAUUGCCUAACCUGCCCAGCCUGCGCCGAUCGCGACAAUGGAAUAUUCUGAUUGAAAACAACGCAAUCCGGAUAAACAGUCUUAAAAUAAAUAUUUAAAAAUACCCGCAUAAUAUUAUGGCGAUCGGUGUGUUUCAAAAACGGACAGCGAAAACAAUUUCGUUACUGUGCAUGGUCUUAAUAAGACUGGGCCAUGCCACGGAUGCGGAUGCGGUUGACAGCCAUGAGACGAGCACUUGGCUGGCCACCAUCACCACCGAGAUGAUGCCGUUGCCCGAUUCCGGGCGCAGCUGCUUUGGUUGGUCCUCUGCGCCGGAGGCAGCGGGCGGAAACUGCUCCAGAUCAAACCGGAACGGAACUCUUAAGUGCUAUGGCGGAAUGAAUAACCUGGCUGCCCUGAGCCAAUCUGGAAAGCUGAGCAGAGCGCAGCCCGCACUGGAAAUGCUUCUAUGCGGCUGGCCAAAGGACGGUCUAAAUCAUUUCAGGGAACUGCAGAGAUUGCCCCGCCUUCGAUCGCUGACCAUCGAGUACAGCGGCUUCACCGAAUUCAAAUUCGACUUUCCCGAGAUGUCGGAGCUGCAUACCAUCAACAUUUCGUGGACGAAUCUCUCAUACAUCUCAUCCCGCACCUUCAAGCGAGUGCUUCCGCUCAAGGUCUUAGAUCUGCGUUGGAACCAGCUCAUCCAACUGGAUGGACCACUGUUGCUGCCCCGCAAUUUCGAGCAGCUCUAUCUGGCGGGUAAUCCGUGGAACUGUACGCGAAACUUCAAGUGGAUGCUGCUGCAGCCGGAAAAGGGACGUCUGGUGGUGGACCGCGACGAGCUGAUCUGCACAGAUCGGAAGUAUAAGGAACGCCAGAUGCUCCUGGUCAUGCACUAUAAGCUGGAGCUGAAGAGACAAUGCCAAUGGCACGAGGAUCUUAGGAACUGCACUUGCCUCAUGCAUCACAUCUUGCCGAAGACCCACAUACCGCUCUAUACGGUCAACUGUUCCCAUUUGCAGUUCCACCGCUUGCCCGCCUUUUUGCCGGAUAACACCACCACUUUGGUUAUCAACGAUAAUAUGAUCAGUGACAUAAAUCCGCUGCGAGACAAUCCCCACUACCGCCACGUGGUGGAUAUGCAGCUGGAGAACAAUCACAUAUCCAAUGUGGACAACUUGGAGGACACCUACUGGCUGCAGAACUUCCGCUUGCUCAACCUGCGUGGCAACAAUCUCCGCAAGCUUCAUGUCUACGCCCUGGACAACGCACUCGAAGACAACGAGAAUGCCAAUCUGCUAUUGCUGAGCCGAAAUCCCUGGCACUGCACCUGCAAGUUUGGCAGCCGAAUGCGAGAGCUGCUGACCAAGUACAAGGAUAUCGUGCGGGAUGCGUGGAAUGUGAGCUGCACCUACCGCCUGGAUGACGACCAGCUGCUGGCCAAAGUGCUGACCCUCAGUCGGCAGGAGAUGUGCAAUUUAAGUUUGGACGACGGCACUCAGAUCCAUCCCAUCGAUUGGCUGAACGGGGUGCUGGCCAGCUUGAUAUUCCUCAUCCUGGGCAAGCUGGCCUACGAUUACUACUACUACAAGUAUUACGGUCGAGUUCCUUGGAUUGUGAUGAAAAUGCCUUAGUCUACAUCUUGUGUGUUAAGAGAGAGUUAAGCUCGAAAGUAUUUCUCAACCGGAGACAACGGUUUUCGGUUUAUUCUUGAAAAUCUACAAAAACAAUAGCGGUCUUUGUAGCAUAUAUGAAUAUUUAUAUAUAAAUAAUGUUGUUUAGGUAUUUAUGUAUGUAUAUUUAAGCUAGGUCAACGCAAAACUCUCAAAAUAGUUGUUUACAUCCACACUAUUGCACUUUUCAAACUGUUUUAUAUGGUUAAAAACAUUCGUUCUCACGUUCCUACACAUUUGACGGUUGAUUUAAGCAUUUAACCUGCAUCUAAAUUGGCACAAAGCGCUUUAUGUUCGAUAAUGAGAAACAGCUAAGAUAAGUUUAUGUUUAUGUUUGCAUCUGGACAGAACGGAAUACGUGUGCAUUAUAAGUUAGUUACACAUUAUUCCAUUUAAAUGAAUCUAAUAUUGUAUCAUGUAUAUAUACAAUUAAAACCCUCGAUUUAAUUUCUUUGGCAAUCGAAAUCAGUGCAAAAUAUCGCAUCUUUUCGGUCAAAGCAAAUGCAAAAUGUUUAAAAUAAUUGCAUAGGGUAAAAGCUUAUAAAUUAAACAACAGUGCUGGACAUUGUAAACGAAGCUU